AUGUGUUUUCAAGAUCAUCAUGACUUAAUAAUUAAGUAUGCAGAGUUGCUUGAAUAUUAUUGGGAACAUUUUGACAGCCAUCCGAAAUCAAAGUCAAUAUCCAAAGAAAAACCAACAGCAGCAACAACAACAGAUUCCAAAUCUAUUGCCGAAACAAACACUUCAAAAGUAGUUGAUGGAUCAAGUUCCGAAGCUGUUAACGUGAAGAAACAGAAUGAAGGCAAUAAAAUGGGUAGAAAUUCUGGAAAGUUUCGUUUAGGUGAUAGUAUUCCUCGAUUUUAUGAACCGGAUUGGGAUUCGCACAUUGAAUGUAUUGAGACGAUUUAUCAUGACGAAUCUAUCACAAGCCACUGGUGUCAAUCUUGCCAAAGUCAACAGUUUCGUGAAAACUUUGAUAACUGGACCACUGGAUUUGAAGAAAUCGAUAAUUUUAUUAAAGAAACCCAAUUAAAUGCUAAAGAUUGCACUGAAUAUUUAGAAUUUUUACCCUUCAAAUCUUUUAUUGGUAUAAAUAAAUAUGAUACUUCCGAAACCGUCACAGGUCAUCUGAUGAUGGUUGCUGAAACUUGCGAAUGGGACUUAAGACAUUAUGUCUCUCAUCACUUCGCUCGCCUAACUUGGUCCCAUAAAGUUGCCAUUCUUCAUUCUAUUGCUUGUGCUCUUGAAUCUUAUCAACGUGGUGAACAGGUUCAUCGCGAUCACGCUUCAAAUGUCCAGAUAUUUAAAUCCCACUUAGAAAUUCCUGUAAAUGAAUUGGGUUUGGGUGAUAACAAAGAUCCAAUUCCAAUUGUGGGUUACUAUAAAAAUGACAUUUUACCUUACAUGGCUCCUGAAAUUUUACAAAACAAAUCUUACUCUAUAAAAUCGGACGUUUAUAGCUUUGGGAUGCUAAUGUGGGAAUUAUCGACAAACAAACCUCCAUUUUACGAUAAAACUCGCAAUUCAAAACUAAUAGAUGAUAUUAGCAUUCAUAAUUUACGUCCUAAAAAUGAUUCUAAUACUCCUAAAUGUUAUGUCGAUUUAAUGGAACGAUGUUGGUCUAGUGAUCCUAAUAAUCGUCCGGAAAUUUCGGAAAUUGUAAAAAUCUUGAGUGAUUGGCAUUUAUAUUGUAAACAUUCCGAUGAAUUUAAAGAAGCUGAAAAAAUUAGACUUAGUAACAUGAAAGCCAAAGGACUUGACACAACUCCUGGAAAAAUGGUUUCUCCUCCAAAGAUUCAUCCACAAGCAAUAUAUACUAGUAGAAAGAUCAAAUUUCCUAUACUUCCCUUGUCUGGUGUUAAUUCUCAACGUAUUAAACAAUCUUAUGAUGCUUCAAAUAAAAAUUCAAUUGACCUAGCAUCUUUACUUGUUCGUGACGAAAGUUAUUUUGUUAAAACGAACAGGCCAUUACAAACAAAAGAAUUAGAAGAGGAGGAAGUGGAUGAUGACCUCCGAAAACAAUACGAAUUGUCGAUACCUUUUGACAGUAAGUGUUAA